GCCGAGGCCGCACUGAGACAGAAGAGAGAACGAGAGGUCGUCCAGCAGCCAAUCAGGAGGAAGGACGCCUGAGACGGGCCAAUCAGACGGAACGAUGUGGGGCCAGGGCAGAGUCACGGCGCUGUUUGUGUCACUGCUGCUGUGGAUGGACACGGCCGCCAUCGAUGUCCCACAGGACGUGAAACAGCCUCCCACGAUUACGAAACAGUCGGUGAAGGAUUACAUCGUCGACCCCCGAGACAACAUCAUCAUCGAGUGUGAGGCCAAAGGCAACCCCCCGCCCACAUUUAUUUGGCGGAGAAACGGGAAAUACUUCAACACGGCGAAGGACCCCCGAGUGAGCGUGAGGAAGCGCUCGGGGACGCUGGAGAUCAGCUUCAGGAGCGGCGAUCGCCCCGAGGACUACGAGGGGGAGUACCAGUGUUUCGCCAACAACGAUCUAGGGGUGGCGCUGUCCCACAAGAUCCUGCUCCGCGUAUCGAAGGCUCCGCUGUGGCCUAAGGAGCAGCUCAAGCCGGUGCAGGUCUCUGAAGGCGCCCCCCUGGUCCUGCCCUGUAACCCGCCCCCCGGCCUGCCCCCGCCCAUCACCUUCUGGAUGAGCAGCGCCAUGACGUCCAUAGAGCAGGACCAGCGUGUUUCCAUGGGACUCAAUGGAGACCUGUAUUUCUCCCACGUGAUGAGUCGAGACACACAGACCGACUACAGCUGCAACGCCCGCUUCCUCUUCACCAUCCAGCAGAAGAACCCCUACUACCUCAAAGUCCAGACCAACGAGCAGUACAAUGAAACAUCUUAUAAUGCCUCUUCAUCUUCUGGUCGGUCGGUGCCAGAGUCCACCCCGUCCUUCUUGUCCCCAUCGGGCACCGAGAGCUCCAAGACGGUGCUGCGUGACCAACAGUUGCUGCUGGAGUGUAUCGCCGCCGGCAGGCCCACGCCCGCCAUCAGCUGGUUUAAGAAAGGAGGAGAGCUGCCGGAGCACAAGGUCACGCUGGAGAACUUCAACAAGACUCUGCAAGUGUCCGGCGUGUCGGAGGAGGACGCCGGCGAGUACGUGUGCAUGGCGACCAACCGCCUCGGGAGCAUCCGCCACGCCAUCACUGUGCACGUCAAAGCUGCCCCCUACUGGCUGGACAAACCCACAGACCUGGUCCUGGCUCCAGAUGAAAACGGGCGCCUGGUUUGUCGGGCCAAUGGAAACCCCAAACCAAACAUCCAGUGGCUGGUGAACGGACAGCCUCUGGACAGCUCCGUGCCGACUCAGGGCCGCCAGCUCCUGGGCGACACCAUCCUGUUCCGCUCGGUGCUGAUGGGCUCCAGUGCAGUGUAUCAGUGCAACGCCUCCAACCCCCACGGAUACCUGCUCGCCAACGCCUUCGUCAGUGUGCUGGACAUGCCUCCUCGGAUGCUCGCUCCUAAAAACCAGCUCAUCAAAGUCAUCGAGAACAACCGGACCUUCCUGGACUGUCCGUUUUUCGGUUCCCCUCUGCCUGAGCUGAGAUGGUUCAAGAACGGUCAGGGCAGCGGUCUGGACGGAGGGCACUACCGCGUCCACAGAAACGGCACUCUGGAGAUCAAAAGGGCGCGGUCCGAGGACGAGGGCACCUACACCUGCGUCGCCAACAGCAUCCUGGGCACCGCCGAGAACCAAGUCCGACUCGAGAUCAAAGAGCCCACUCGUAUCGUCCGGGCCCCGGAGCAUCAGUCUGUGGUCAGAGGGUCCACGGUUCGAUUCGACUGUAAAGUGAAGUUUGACCCCAGCCUGACCCCGAGUGUGACCUGGACCAAAGACGACGAGCCGCUGCACCUGGGCUGGAGGUUCAGGAAGGACGAGGACGCUCUGACCAUCUCUAAAGUGGACGAGAGCGACGAGGGGACGUACACCUGCAGCGCCCGGACCGCCAUCGACCUGGACUCCGCCUCAGGACGGCUCACUGUGCUCGAGCGCCCGAACUCCCCCACGGACCUGGAGCUCUCUGAUCCUGCAGCUCGCAGUGUGAGACUCACCUGGAUCCCAGGACACGACAACCAGAGCCCCAUCACAGAGUUCCAGGUGCAGUUUGAGGAGGACCGUUACCAGCCGGGCGAGUGGAGGAACCUGUCGUCUUACCCUGGAGAUCACAACUCCGUGAUCCUGCAGCUCGCCCCCUUCAUCAACUACAAGUUCAGAGUCAUCGCCUUCAACGCCGUGGGCCCCAGUCCGCCGAGCGAGCCCUCCAAACGCUACCAGACGAGCGGAACAGCUCCAGACGCCAUCCCCAAAGGCCUGCGAGGGUGGGGCUCCGAAAAGAACAACAUGGUGAUCAGCUGGGAGCCCCUGUCUGACCUGGAGCGUAACGGCCCGGACCUGCACUACAGCGUGUGGUGGAGACUCAGCGACUCGGGCGACCCCUGGACCAACGUGACCACUGCUGCGUCCAGAUACGAGGUGACCGGCACCGACUCCUACAAGGCCUACGACCUCAAGAUCCAGGCCCGGAACAGCUUUGGACACGGGCCCGAGUCCAACGUGGUGGUGGGCUACUCCGGGGAAGACGUUCCUGACAGCCCUCCCACAAACCUGAAGGUGUCCAAAGUGGACAGCACCAAGGCCCACCUGCACUGGACGCCUGUGGACAUGUCCUCUGUGCACGGCCAGUUCAAGGAGUACAAGUUGUAUUACUGGCGGGAGAGCAGUCUGGUGCCCGGCCUCGUGGUCAGUAAAGAGAAGCAGACCAAAGGCUUCUUCAGCACGACCGCGGAGCCCUUGGCCGUCCUCACCGACCUGGUGCCUUUCUCCCACUACCACAUGUACAUGGUGGUCGCCAACAGUCGCCACGAGGGCCCCCCCAGCAACACGGUCCGCUUCAGCACCAAGGAGGGAGUGCCAGAUGCUCCCAGAUUCUUCCGAAUAAACCGUAAAGGUUUGGACACACUGCACCUUCAGUGGGACAAACCUCUGGAGCCCAACGGGAUCCUGAUCGGAUACCAGCUCAAAUACACGCCAGUGAACGGGUCGCGUGGUGGGCGCCCCCUGGUGGAGACGUUUCUGCCUAACGUGACAGAGUUCAUGCUGAGACUGCCUGAGCGCUCCACCCGCUACAAGCUGUACCUGUCGGCCCGCUCCCAGGUGGGCUCGGGGCAGGUGAUCGCAGAGGAAGCGCCGCUUUUCACCAACGAGGCCUACAUGGACCAGGUCGACAUCGCCACGCAGGGCUGGUUCAUCGGCCUGAUGUGCGCCAUCGCCCUCAUCAUCCUCAUCCUCCUCAUCGUGUGCUUCAUCAAGAGGAGCCGAGGAGGAAAGUACCCAGUGCGCGAUAAGAAGGACCUCCCCCUGGACCCUGUGGACCACAAAGACCAAGAUGGAUCCUUCGAUUACCACAGUGACGAGGACAAUAAGCCUCUCCAGGGCAGUCAGACCUCGCUGGACGCCGACGUGAAGGAGAGCGAGGACAGCCUGGUGGACUACGGCGAGGGCGGGGACGGCCAGUUUAACGAGGACGGCUCCUUCAUCGGACAGUACACCGUCAAAAAGGACAAGGACGAGACCGAGGGCAACGACAGCUCCGAGGCGACGUCCCCCGUCAACGCCAUCUACUCCCUGGCAUAGAGCCCCCUGCGUACCCCCCCUCAGUGCGCGGGUCUGGGGGACGCACGCCGCCCUGAGACUGUCCCCGGACACGGUACCGGAGCCAGGGCCCGCGUGGACGGUGCUCUUCUGUCCCGGGACUCUUGGUGUGCCUUGUAGCAUCUGGACAGCACAGUCUGGACACACAUUUGGACUCUGCUUGCACUAUGGCCCUGCUCUCCCUUUAGUCUGACGUCGCCUGUAACAUACGCCCGGUCCUCUCUGCUGUAACUAUGCACUCACAGCUUCCAGUGCAUGGGUCCUGUUUUUACACACAUCGCUUAAAGCUGCACUGCGGAACUUUUCUGGUUAGGGGCUCGCCACCAAAGAAAGUCUCGGUCGACUACAGAAUGUUCCACAGUUUGGCAUUAAAUGUAUC